AUGCCUUCCAAUGAUUAUAAAAAUCGCGAUAAGUUUCCUCGUGGAAGAGGGGGCAGAGGUAGAUUCAACCACAAUCGUCGCGGCGGAGGUCGUGGCGGAGGACAUGACAACAAGCGGAACAACAAAAGAUCGUACAGUGAAGUAAAUAAUUCCAAGAGACCAAAGUACGAAUCAUCUGUUCGCAUUAAAGAAGUUGACAUUGGCAUCAGCGAGUACCUGGGUGAUCACCAACACUUUGACGGUAUUUUCAAGGAACGCUUUUCUGAUUUCCACGUCCAUGAGAUCGAUUGCGAUGGAAAAGUGGCGAAAUUAACGACGCAAGAAAUUCCCCCAGAUCCUGAAGAUUUUAUCGACGUCGAGAAACUCAGACAAACUCUGCCUGAAGAUGUUUUAGAGAAACUAGACGCAUUUAUUAGUAAGACAGACAGCGAUGAGAAUUCAAGUGCGUUGGUUGAAAUUGAUGUAACUGACAUCACCAAAGAUCAACGACGCAAUAUUCACAGCAUCGCCAAGAAGUAUCAAAAAGUGAACAUUGACACCAUGGAUGCGUUGAACCAACUAGCUGUGAAUCUUCGCAUUCGCGCAAAUAAUUUAAAUUACUCAGGAACUAAAGAUCGACGUGCUCGAACAACUCAGUGGGUGAGCGUAAAACAAAUCGAUCCAUCGAAUAUUUUCGAAGCUGCAAGACGCGUUCGUGGUUUGUUCGUAGGAAACUUUGAGUUCGUAAAAAACCCGCUGAAACUAGGAACUCUUGAAGGCAACCACUUUUCAAUAGCCUUGCGUAACAUCACGGCUUCCGACGAGGAAAUAGAAUCAGCUAUGACCAGUCUGCGAGACAACGGGUUUGUCAAUUACUAUGGCUUACAAAGAUUCGGAAGUGUUGCCAGUAUUCCGACUUAUGAAAUCGGCAAGGCGUUGUUGAAGGGUAACUAUCAAGAAGCUAUUGAUUUGUUAUUGAAGCCGCGGGAUAAUGAUUAUCGAGAUAUGGCUGAAGCGCGUGAAUGCUACGAGAAGACUAAAGAUGCGAAGCAAGCCUUGAAGCUUAUUCAGAAACCGGACAAAAUAGAGGCGAAACUGUUGCAAGGAAUUGCAGCAAACGGACCAAACAGCCCACAAAAUGCUCUAGACUCUAUACCAAGAAACACUCUGUUGAUGUACAUACAUUCUUAUCAGAGUUUGGUGUGGAAUAAUAUGGUCAGUCGCAGGAUUAAAGAGUUUGGUCGUAAACCUAUUGUUGGCGAUCUUGUUUACGCUUCUGAUUCAGUCGCAGACAAAGUAGAAGUUGAAAUCGAAGUUGAAGAAAGUGUAGAUGAAAAUGACGAGUCAAAAGAAGAACCAAUCGAUAAUGGUAAAGAUCAAGAACUAGAAAAAGACAAAAAACCACUACCGGCUGUCAAAGUUCUAGCUGAAGAAGACUUGGCUAAUUACACACUCGCUGAUGUCGUUAUGCCUCAACCUGGGUACAAGGUUACUUACCCGACGUAUGCUAAAGAUUGGUACGAAGAGUUCAUGGCCAAAGACGGCUUGAGCUUAGACUUGCAAAAUAAGAAUAGAAGGUUUUCGUUGGGUGGAGCCUACAGGAAGAUAGUUCAAGUCCCAGAAGGUUUAUCAUGGAGAGUUGUCCAGUAUGAUGAUAUUAGCUGUGAUUUAAUCCGAUCUGAUUUUGAUGAAAUGCAAGACAAGGAAGAAAUUUUAAAACAAGACACAUCAGCGGAAACUCAAUCGGCUCAGACGGCCUCUUAUCAUGCUUUGGCUAAACAAGAGGCUGAAGAUCUCAAGGAGUCUCAAAAAAAAGAGAAGCUGGUUGAUAAAAGCGAGCUUCCGGUUGAUGAUAAUGUUAAGGAGGUUGAAGAUAGUGCUAAGGAGGAUCAAGUUGUUGAGACGGAAACAAAACCAACUGAUUAA